AUGUCGUCCUCUAUCGACAUCCCCGCUCAGUCCAAGAGGCAGUCCAAGGCCCACAGCCCCAUGAGCUCGUCCUCUUCGACUUACUCGUCCUCGCCGACCACCCCGGCCAAGUCCUCCAACUCGGCCCAGAAACAGAAGAUGGUGCACGAGCGCCGACCGAGUCUGCUGAGCUCCGCUCUCUCAGAGUCCAAGUCCACUACCAUCAACAUCGGGGACGAGGAUGGCCCACCUCGGCUUAUCUCGUAUCUUUCCACCAGCCAGGGCUUUGAAUGGAAUCCCGAGCUUUUCCUGCCCUCUUACAUCGAUUACGACUAUACGCCGCUGGAGAACAAGCGCGAGCCCGUCAAGGAGAUCACCCUGACAGACGAGGAGAUCCAGAACAUGUUCCCCGCAACUAGGCAGGGGGCUUUCGAAUUUGUCUGGUCGAAGACGAAACUCGCCGUCAUGCACGACCCGCACUGCCGCAUGAGGCCGGGCAGCUCGACGCGCUACGCGGAUGCAAUCCCGUCCUCCUCCGCGACCAACAGCAGCGACGACAAGAACAACGGCAACGCGAUGGACGGCGCGCACCGCAAGAUCGAGCUGCAGUCCCCGGAGGACCUGACCUUCCUCAUCAACAACGUGCGCCGCGCCGCAGAGGAGCACAUCAACGCCGCGUUCCCGCCCGUCGACGACGGCCAGGACAACGGCGCGGGAGGGGGUGACGAGCUGCGCGUCAGGAUCGAGAAGCUCGUAGCCGAUUACAUCUCCCAGACAUUCACCCUCGCGGCGCCGAACUUGUCCAUAAACGGCUUCGACCUCGACGCAAAGACCUUCCCGGCUGUAUACCUUGACUUACCGUCCACCUCCCCGUCGUCUUCUCACAACCUCCGGCGGCGGCGCGGCGACAAUGCAGAACCCGCGGAGGUGGUGCAGUACGAGGCGUUCGACGCGCGGCGGCGCGCCCGCGUCGAGGAGCUCGCGCGCGAGGAGGAGGACCUGAUGCGCGAGAUCGCGGCGCUCAAGCGGCGCGUGCCCGCCGCGACGGCGAAGGGGUUCACGGAGGGGUUCUGGGAGGGCGUGCGGGCGGACGAGGAGGCGCUGGGGAGGGCGCGGGAGGCCGCUGCUGCGGAGGGGGCCGGUGAUGGGCAGGAUGAGGAGGAGGAAGAAAAGGAGGAGGGUGUCGAGAAGAGCAGCAAGGCCAAGGCUAUGCUGGACGGGAUUGGGCCCCUGGAGCGGCAGGCUGGCGUGGAGGCGGGCUACGGGGGCGUGGUCGAGGCGCUGGGGCGGAUGAAGAGGGAGAUGCCUGCUACGGUGGCCAAGAUGGAGAGGGCGAGGGUCGCUGGCGAGUACGUGGUCACGGAGAGGUGA